CACGUUAUACUUACGUUUACGAUCUGCUGGCACGUCGCGCCCUUGCCCGUCCAGACAAUGCCGCGGUUGAAUGCGAUGGAAGAGUGGUAUAUACCUAUGCUGGACUCGACGCCGCCUCCAACCAAUUCGCGCGGUACUUAAAAGAUGCUUUAUCUGUUCGUCCCGGUGAUAUUGUACUUCUUUUCUUGCCGCGGUCUGCGAUGGCUAUCGUUGUCCUCUAUGCGAUCCUAAAAGUCGGCGCAGCAUUUCUCGCUGUCGACAUUGAAACACCUAUCAUACUCUUCCACCAGACAGUCGAUAUGACUAACUCCUCGUUAUUCCUGACAGCUACAUCGCUGGAGGAGAAAUUGCGUGCGAUGAGCUACGGACAGAACAUUGUUUCGAUAGACACUGUGGCGGAGAAAUGGUGUCACUUGGAUAGCGCAUGGCAGCCUGGCCUCUUUCCUAUAGGAAAUCCAAAAAACACUCUGGCGUAUUUAAGUUUUACAAGUGGAUCGACUGGUCCUCCGAAAAAAUGCAUGACGUCGCAUUCGAAUUUGGUGCACUGGAUCGUCGAAGCUGCACCCGCUUUUGGUCGUACGAUGGAAACACGUCAGCUCAUGGUGCAUGAAUUGUACUGGGAUGGUUCUAUCGAAGAAAUCUUCCUCACGCAUUACGUAGGCGGCUCGGUUUGCAUAACUAUGAAAAUUGAAACCGUGUCGGACAUACACGACGCCCUUGUUGCAACGAAAGCCAACUCGAUUACCCUUUCACCGACGCGAGGUAUGCAGUUGCACCCUGCAGAUUACCCAUUCUUGAAAUUGGUUGUGUUCACGGGUGAACCCCUGACGCGGUUCGUACGGGAGAAGUGGCUUAGUGAUGGACGAACGCUACUCAAUGCUUUCGGUCCCAGCGAGUCCAUCUGCGGUUUUACGGUGGAAACUCCCGUGCGCUCGUCAGCAUCAAACGAGACCCCCGCGGGGUUCAGUAUUGGAGGGCAGACACGACUUUACGUUCUAGAUUGCGACAUGAAGUUCGUGCCGGUUGGUUGUGUAGGGGAGAUAUUUGUGUCCGGUCCAACUGUGGGCUUAGGCUACCUUGGAGACCCAGAAGCUACCGCGCAGUCGUUCAUGGUGGACCCAUUCAGGAAAGAGUUUAGGAUGUACCGAACUGGAGACUUUGGCCGGUAAGUCUUAACGCGUCCUGCCCAUUCUGAUCUUUGAAUGCCGGUUUUCCCAGUGUCAACCAUGAAGGAAGACUUCAAUUUAUUGGACGUCGAGACAGGCAAAUCAAACUGACUGCUUGCAGAAUUGAGCUGGGAGAAAUCGAGGCUGCUCUCCAUGCGGCCGAAAGCAAGUGGUCGAUAGCAGCGGAGGUUGUCACAUACAAUGAAGAGCCGCGCAUCGCUUCAUUCCUUGCCUCCCGCUUUGUCAAUGGCUCACACAGAUUAACGCUUCAGCUUUCGGACGAUGUCAAGGCUGAAAUCCUUCGUUUGAUGGCUUUCAUUCAGCCGAGAUUAUUGGAGUUCCGUUGGCCUACGAUUUGGGUCCCAGUCGAUGCAGUGCCAUGCACGGUCACCGGGAAGCUAAACCGCA